AUGCUGGAGAUUACAGCCGACAAUGGAUCUCGACAGCCCUUGUUCCUGGCUCUCUUGGGGCUGCUCCUCUUUUUCUCGACCAUCACGGUGGCCCUCAGAUUUUACUGCCGAGUCGCGUAUGUCAAAUACGUUGGUGCGGAUGACUACUUCAUAGCCGCAGCCUAUCUGGUGGUUCUUGGUUUGAGUGUAGCAAACAUUAUACACGUCAGCUAUGGCACUGGGAGACGUCUCGCAGACCUGGCUCCAGACAUCCUCGUUCCGACACUGAAGCAUUGGUACGCUUACCAGCUGGUGUACCCGUUUGCACUGUUCUUCGUCAAAGCAAGCAUUCUUGCGCUCUACUACAGGAUAUUCUCUCAGAAGGUGUUCAGGAUGUGGGUGUGGGCCAUCGCAGCGGUUGUCGCCACAUACACAGUGGUGGCCGUGUUCGUGAACGCGUUCGAAUGCCCACACAGGAUCUCCAACGCGUGGAGCCCGACGUUUCCAAACGGCUGCAACAAUAUUCCAAAGGCAUACUUUUCGAUGGCUGGAGUGAAUAUUGCGACAGACUUCGCCAUACUGGUGCUUCCCAUCCCAGUUCUAGUGAAGCUGAAUGUUCCAAAAAAUCGCCGCUGGGCUUUGAUUGGCAUCUUCAUGACGGGCAGUGUGGCUGUAGCGGCGUCGAUAGUGCGUCUCAACGCACUGUACAUAUACACCGUCUCCAAGGACGUCCCUUACGAUGCGAUAUACAUCCUCCUCUGGUCCCAGGUGGAAUGCAACAUCGCAAUCAUUACGGCGUGCAUCCCACCGCUCCGGCCGAUUUUCAAGGGGACGUUCCGGGGCAAUUCAUCGGGCAGGAUGGAGUCGGCGGCGGCGGAGGUAUUCUCUUCGGGUCCAAGGUCCAAGCCACAAGAGCUCGUGGAGUUUGAGGUGUACGGGAGACGUCAUAGCGGGCUCCAGAACACAGUCCACGGAGGGGCGGACAACGAGAGCGAAGAGCUUAUCUUGUCAAGCGGGCAGUCGGGCAUCCUCAAAACGAUCCCCCAGCCCCCAGCCUGCAACGGAGGCCAUGCCACGGUCGCAGCAACCACCAGGGCUCCGCCCCGUGAUGACUCCACACCCUCCUCCCAUCUGACCAAACCCACGCCAACCAAUAUGGUCGCCCCGGUUGAGCCCCAGUGUGAGAGCGCCAGGACGGCUCGUAUUCUGCUGCGGCGCCUGCGCCUCGACGAUGUCGCCGCCAUGCAUCAGCUCCGCCAACACCCCGAGGUCAUGAAGUACACUCCAACAGGCCCGGCGACUGAUGUUUCGCAGACUGACGACUGGGUGCGCGGGUGCCUGGCCCGCUCCAGCUGUUACAACUUCUCCAUCGAGCUCCUGCCCACCGCCAAGGAACAAGCCACCCCCAGAGUCAUCGGCGUGCUGGGCGCUGACCGCGCCCCGGAGAUCGGUUAUCUGAUUCAUCCCGACUUCUGGGGGAUGGGGUUGGCCACCGAGGCUGUCAGGGCGUUCCUGCCCCUGUUCUGGCAAAGGUACGAUGGCAUCUACGACCAGGCUGUUGCCGAGAUCGACCCCGACCACGAAGGAAGCCGCAGGGUCCUCCUGAAAUGUGGCUUUCGCCUGUGGGAAACCAAAGAGAAGAGCUUCCAAAGCCCGACCAUGGGCCUCAGAGAUACCCAGGUCUACCGCCUGUUGCGGCCCAUCCCAUGUUCUGCCGAAAAGGCCAUGUAG